ACUGUGCGUCUGCGUCAAUGCCCACACGGAAUUGAAAUGGCGGAGACUGCGGACGGAAUGGAGGUAAGCGCAGUGGUGUGAUCGAGUCGUGGUUUAAGACAUUUUAAACCACAUAUAAUUUCUUUCUGUAGCUUAAAAUGUAAGUAUUUUCACAUAGCUAAAGUAACUAUAUUUCUAAUGUCAUUGUAGGCCGCGGAGCCUGCUAGUUGGCUAGUUCAGAGAGUACACGCACUUCACUAGCAAAGCAUCCAUUUUAGCCAGGCACAAUCUAACGUACACUGCAAGGCUCAUUCAUUUGUUGAAUGAGCACAGCAAACUCUUACUGUGUAUAUGCGGUUGUCAUGUAAUUCUAGUUAGUGAAUUAUGAAUGGAUUUGGGAAAUUGAUUAGUAAUGACAAGUAUAUGUUGUGUGAUAUAAUCUUUAUGAAAGCCAUCGUUAGCUCGCGCUUCGGGGAGAGACCGCAUGGGUGGUAGGUUAACAAUGCUAACUAGUAUUUCACAAGGCACAUCUGGCACACUUUUCCGGCAUUUGAUUUAAAUAGCCCAAGGUCCGUUUGAAUCCAUCAAAUGCGUUUCAAUAACUAAAUACAUUUAAUAUUUGUUAGCCAUUGGUGUUAACUAUAAUAUGUAUUGCUAACGUUACCUAGUCGGCAGCCCGGCAGGAGCUAUUCACCACUUUCUUAGCUACAUAAUUUAGGUAUUUGUGGCCAGCCAAUUCCUUUAAUAAAGUUCUCAUUUUAAUUAGGGAAGCUCGCUAGUAACGUUAUGUAGAGCGCGCCAUUCGAGUAACUACUGGUUUCUACGUUUGUUUUCUGUCCCAAGUCAGUCAGUGAAGGCCUAAAUCACCAUGUGCUUUCGCUCUCACCCUUUGUACUCGGAGAAAAUAAUGCUUCAUGCACUGAACUUGGGGCUUAGCUACAACUACGUUAAUUUAAUACCACACACCCGUACUCGCAAAUGUAAAUAAGUCGUUGGCAGUAUUGUCCUAUGAACAUAAACGUUUAUACGUUUUGAGCAACUUAAAGUCAUUAAGAUUAUAUCUUCACACAAAUGUCACAUCUAUUCAAGAAACUUUUUUUUAAUCAGCACGUUCUGCCUGGCUGCAACUGGUUUGGAUAGAGGACUAUCAUAGAUGUCAAAUGGUCAUUGUUGCCAGUCUGGGGCUGGUUGUGACUGGUAUCUCUUUUGGUGAGAUUUCUCAGGGGGAGAGCUCGGCCAAGCCUGCAGCAGAAGACAUGACUUCUAAGGACUAUUACUUUGACUCAUAUGCCCACUUCGGUAUCCACGAGGUAGGUAUCUUCAUUAAAAUGUUUAUUUGGUGAAAAAAUUGAUGCUACAACCAAAAUGUUUAAAGACCCAUGCCACACUGAUAUAAACAGAAUUUUGGUCAGCACAUCUGUGCCAAAAUACAAUGGGGCUAGUAAUAUAGGCUGUCGAGAUGAGUGGUACAUUGUCAAAUGGUCAAGCAUGUAUACAUCCCAUUUGGAGUGACUCACCUCGGUCAGUGUUGCCUUGAAACUAAUCUUUCUCUUGGGUCCUGCUCUGUAGGAGAUGCUGAAAGAUGAGGUGCGCACCCUGACCUACCGGAACUCCAUGUUCCACAACAAGCACCUGUUCAAGGACAAGGUAGUGUUGGAUGUGGGCAGUGGGACUGGCAUCCUCUGCAUGUUCGCAGCUAAAGCUGGGGCCAAGAAAGUCAUAGGAGUAAGUACCCCCACCUUGUUUGCAAACGGGGAAGAGACUCAUACAUGCACACCUCAUUUACUGCCAUGCACUGUCAAUAGUCUGUAGUACUUUUAGAACUUGUGAUGCAGCAUCACCAUUUUCUAUGCUAUGUGUGAUAUGUCCCCAUUGUCAUACCAUAUUGUGUAAGGCAUACAUGUUCCUAAUCUGGCACAGAUGUGAAUGUUUUGCAUCAAGACCUGUUUUACUUGCUUUAUCAUAAUGAACAGAACACAUAGAAUGGCCAUGAGUUCCCAGUAGACUUCAGUUGCCUUGAUGGGAGCUCAAAAGGAUACCAUGGUUCUGGUUAGUUGUCAUUACUUGAGACCCCCAAAGGCCUGCUCUCUAACCCCCGCAUUUGUGUUUUCAGAUUGAGUGCAGCAGUAUCUCUGACUACGCUGUGAAGAUUGUCAAGGCCAACAAAAUGGACCACAGUAAGUCAGUCCUUUCCCCCUGCCACUUCAGUUUUCAGUCACCCCUAUCCUUCACAAUGGUUCAACCUGGCUUGAAGGAAUGUUGUGGCUAUUUAGUUGUAACUCAUCCCUCUUUUCUCCCCAUUCAGUUGUGACCAUCAUCAAGGGGAAGGUGGAGGAGGUGGACCUCCCUGUAGAGGGAGUGGACAUCAUCAUCUCAGAGUGGAUGGGCUACUGCCUCUUCUACGAGUCCAUGCUGAACACUGUCAUCUACGCCAGGGACAAGUGGCUGGUAUGUUCCUGCCUGUAUAUUUAAUUAGUACAUUAUGGAAUAGACUUAAAUGCUUGUUUGAAUGUCUUAAUUGCUGUCUUUCCCUAUACUGAAAUCUUCGGGGACAAGUGUCAGGUGUUAAACUCUGUUUGGCCAUAUACCAAGGCUUUUAGGAGGUUCAGUUCCUGACUUGCUGUGGAAUUGACCAUAAAAUAAACCUCAUUCCAGUGGGUCUUGCCAGUGCCAGGCUGGAGUGACUUAUUGGGAACAUUUCAGCUAUAGCACUGGUGUGAACUCUAAGAAAAUGUUUUUGCCUCACCUGUUGUCCUUACAUAGUUAACUGCGUGUGCCGUAACAAUAUUCAGUCCGAUCAAAUUAUGUAUCUGUGAAGUGUAUUGGAUUAGUGUAAGACUUUUUGUCUGGAGUUGGCUUCCCUCUUUGGAGGCGCAGCACCCCGCGCAGACUGGCGCACACACCACCAGCAGUCAUUGUGCCAUGAUUCCACACAGCUGCUACUAAACGUCAGGCCUUUGGAUAGCCUGCUAAUGUCAUUCCCAAGUGUAUUAACCCGCCAUGCUCUUUUUCCCUCUCCCUUUCUGUCUCCUAGAAACCAGAGGGCCUGAUUUUCCCAGACAGGGCUACCCUGUACGUCACAGCCAUUGAGGACAGGCAGUACAAGGACUAUAAAAUCCACUGUGAGAAUUCCUCUAAAUUUUGGGGUAAUGUAGUUGAUGUAAUUUGGCCAGCGUUGUACCCAUGUUUUUGGUUGGAGAGGAGUUAGUCAGGGGACUUUUGUGUCAGGUUGGAUUCUGUGAUCAGAUUCAGCUAACUCUCACGGUUGAGUCGGUCAAAGGAGCCAAAAGCAUAUUGUACUGUGCUUGUAUUAAGAUCACUUUAUUGGUCAAUUGCACACAAGGUCCAACUAAAAUGUCGUUAAAAUCGCUUUUAACCUAACCGCUCCGAAAAAUACAUGCAUAGGUUUUGGAGAGGUGCGGGGGAAUGCCACACUAGGUGCCCGGGGAGUUAAGUGCCUUGCUCAAGAGUGCAAUGGCAUCUAGGAUUUGAUACCAGCGACCCUCCGGGAAUCGAACUGGCAACCCUCCAGUUGCUGGCUUGCCUCUAACCGCUAAGCUACCUGCCACCUCUAAUAGUUAGCCAUAUCAACUCUGCUCUAGCUAACUAGUCUGGACUUUGAAGUGUGCACUUCUAGACCUAGCAAAGCGAACUACGUUCUUUGAAGGAAAAUGAAAGACUAAUGCCAACAAUUUAAUAGUUACUUUUUAAACUUGGCGUCUACCUAUUUGUGGUGGUAACCCCCUAUAUCUUCUCUGUAACAGGGUGGGAGAACGUGUACGGCUUUGAUAUGUCCUGCAUCAAGGAGGUGGCCAUCAAGGAGCCCCUGGUGGACGUGGUGGACCCCAAACAGCUGGUCAGCAGCGCCUGCCUCAUCAAAGUGAGUCAAUCACACUCCGCAGCCACCCCCAAUGCACACAGUUCCGUGACCCCCACUUGGAAUGUGACCUUUUCUUGUUGGCACCACAUCUCCAGUUCAAACAGAGGAUUUUGCAUUUCUUGUCAUCUGUCUCACGUUGUCCACCCCCCCUCUACAUUGUCCCCAGGAGGUGGACAUCUACACGGUGAAGAUCGACGACCUGUCCUUCACCUCGCCCUUCUGCCUGCAGGUGAAGAGGAAUGACUACAUCCACGCCCUCGUCACCUACUUCAACAUCGAGUUCACGCGCUGUCACAAGAGGACAGGCUUCUCCACCAGUAAGUCUUUAUGCUCCACCCGUAAACCUUCUGCACUACAAUAAUAGAUAUGUUCAAAUAAAUAUGUUCACUGAAUCCUUAUAAAUUAAGUCUAUGGUAAAUGACAGCACAAGUAAUCUUCAAUAAUUGAGAGAAUACAUUUUCUAUCUAGAAUUUAAGGGAUUUUUAAAAAAAUCUGUUACGAGAAGUCAUAUUAAACCUGCCCCGUUUCUCCUCUCCCCAGGUCCAGAGUCCCCCUACACCCACUGGAAGCAGACGGUAUUCUACCUGGACGACUAUCUGACUGUGAAGACUGGAGAGGAGAUUUUUGGGAACAUCAACAUGAAGCCCAAUGUCAAAAACAACGUAAGAAAGAGGGAAAAACCUCCCAGUCUGAUAAGUUUAUUGGGAUACCUUUUUAAGUGUCCAAGCCCACCCUUUUUUACCUUCUGUUGGUUUGAGUGUCUUGUAAGUCUGGUUGUUUACCCCUCCUUUUUUGAACUAGAAAUGAUUACUGCCAUCUGUUCUGUCCCAUGGUGUUCUGUGGUUUUUAAAGCUGUGUUUAUCCAAUGUCCACUCUUUUAAUCUGUUUCUGUGUCUGUUUUGCUUUCAGAGAGACCUGGACUUCACCGUUGACAUAGACUUCAAGGGUCAGCUCUGUGAGGUGUCCAAGACCUCAGAGUACAGAAUGCGUUAGGUGCCCCCUUCUCCCAUACCCCAUUGUGUGUUUGUGAAAGGGGGAGUGCUGAAGGAAGAUCAGGGGUCAGUGUGUCUGUAUGAUCACUUAAUUAUCAUCCUCCAGAACUUGACUGGUACUCCUAAGCAAUGUUUGAAAUAUUCUGUCUUGCUUUCUUGUAACGUUUGAUCAGAUGUUCUGAGGUUUAAAACAACCAAAGGAACAAUGGAAAGGCAUGGCGACUCAUUGUGCAAUAGUCACUGAAAUAGUGUUUGUUUUUACAUGUGCUUAUGUCUUUACGUUCAGCUCAUUAUCUUAGCCUGUGCUUAAACUCAACGCGUGCGCGCACACUGACCCCCUCACCUGCCUGUACAUAGUGUUAUUGUUCAGUCACUUUGGCCUCUGUUGUACAUUCACGGAUCUUGUUGACAUGUCAGAACCCCCCCCCCCCCCCCCCUUCCCGUUUUCAUAAGAGGCGCCUCCUGUGACGGGUUUCUGUCUCCCCCCCCCCCC